UUACUCCACCAUCUCGACCUUACCUUUUUUCUAUUGCUGAGAUCGCGGUCGCUGUCCUCAUCGACGUCGACCCAGCAGCCUAUUGUCCAUGGUUCUUGCAUCGCACCUGUCACUCUUUUACGCCCGGUGUGUUUGACUGUUGUUUCAUUCUGGUCCAGCUCCCGGCUAAACUCCUGAGUCGCUUGUCCCUGAUCUUUAGAGGAUCCAUCUGGUCUAAAUUCAGCCCACGUUCAACCAAGAGUGUCCCAAAUCUGCAAAGCCCAACUUUCGAGGAGAAGUACGGGUGGCCAUCAACUUGGCCUCGACCAAUAACGACGACCAUCAUUACGACGACCACAACGGCAGUGGCGGCGUUGACACUGUUGUUGCGCCAAAUCGACACACCGUCCACACAGCAUGACUGAGCUCAAAGAGAGCACGCUGUGCCAGACCUGCAAGGCCUUAUUCCAGCCGCCAGAGUUCCGGUCUGAUGCCAGUGAAAUACCCCACCACGGUCUGGAGGCACUGGCUGCCCGCGCCAGCAAAUGUCAUCUGUGCCUAACCAUCUUCAUGUCCAUUGACCCAGACGCCUACAAGAAUUUCCGCCGUGGUUCUAUUGUCGACUCGGUCGGUUGGGCUUUUGUUUCCCCAAUUGCUCGGGACCAGGCCCGGCUCAAGUUCCGCUAUGUCAAGGCUGGGUCUGCGACGAACGGCCCCAGUCAUGGUGCAGGUCCCUCCAACGGUGCCGGCAGCAGUAGUAGGGCCACCCCAGACACGGAGAGGUCCAAAACGAGUUCCUCAUCCCAUGACGGAGUCAACGGGUUAGUGGUCGAGUUGAUCUUGAUGAAUCCCAAAUAUGCCGUAGAGCCAGGCGUGAGGACAAUUGAUCCACGCUCAGUCAGCACAGCAUCACACGAAAGCUUUGAGCUGGCGCGCCAGUGGAUCCAAGACUGCACCUUCAACCACAUGAAAUGCUCUGUCGCCGAGACCAGCGCCACCUGGAAACCAACUCACCUCCUGGAUGUCUCCAUCCGAGGACCUAAGGGCGCGCCGGGUGUCAAGUUGGUCGACGGCAUGUUUGUUGAUCCGCUGGCCGAGUAUUGUACGUUGUCGCAUUGUUGGGGCCAGUCCAAACCGGUGCGACUCCACAAGGGCACCCUCGCUGCCCUCAGACAAGGAGUUAGUGUCACGAGCCUGCCCAAGACCAUCGCUGAGGCAUGUACUGCGACUGAGCGAUUAGGCUUUCGCUAUCUCUGGGUCGACGCCUUAUGUAUCAUGCAUGACCGAGAAGAAGCGGUGCUGAGCGAAGUGGCGCAAAUGCACAAGGUGUACUCCGAGGCCACCCUGAAUCUUGCCGCCACAUCGUCACGAGACGACGCGACAGGGCUGAUCUACUCGCGCAACGUCGAGGCGCUACAACCGUGUAUAGUCGAGGUGGGUGGAUUGGGCAUCGAUGAUGGAAUGUACAAGGUUCUGCGGUCGACCUUAUGGCACGAUCUAGUGGACUCGUCUCCACUCAGUCAGCGGGCGUGGGCCUUUCAGGAACGGUGUCUGGCGAAGCGGACGCUCCACUUUACACGCAACGAGCUUCUGUGGGAAUGCCAGCAGAUGUGCUGCUCUGAGGUGUUUCCUAAAGGACUGCCGGCUACCACGGGCCCGCCCACGAGCCAGGAGUCGGUUGAGUUCUUCAGCAAACGGGUGCACCACCAACGGCACGGCAACUGGCACCAACUAGUCAAGAUGUACAGCCAGAAACGGCUGUCGUACUCGUCAGACAAGCUUCUGGCCAUGGCUGGGCUCGCCCGACAGUACAUGGCACGCAACCGGCUGCACGAGGACGACUACCUGGUGGGCAUGUGGAAGUCACAGUUGCCGCAAGCGUUGCUGUGGCGUGUGCACCGUGGUCGGCGGCCGACGCGGUACCGGGCUCCCACAUGGACUUGGGCCAGCAUCGACGGCGAGGUCAACUAUCCGGAACCUGCGCAAGGACAACGGGAGACGUGCAUCGAGGUGAUUGACGUGGACAUCCAGUACAAGUCGGACCGUCUAGGCAUGGUCGAAUCGGGCUUGCUCAAGGUGCGUGGGUUCAUGGCGCGGGGACUGUUGCGACGGACGCAUGACUACUGGGGCCACACCCCUUGUGUGAUUCAGUGCUCCAAGGCCCAGGUCGAGCUGGAGAAUGCGUCGUUUGACGACCGGCUGCCCAAGUUGUCGUCGGCGACAGGGAUGCUGACGGAGCAGUUGGAGGUCUACCUGCUACCUGUAAUUGAUGUGGUCGAUCGGGUCGAGGGCCUCUUGCUGUGUGCCACCAUGAAACGAGGCGAGUAUCGACGGAUCGGCUGCUUUGAGGUGUCGAGGUAUGACCAGAUCAACUGGGAUCGUUUCCGCAGCGUAAUGAAGGGCGACGCCGAGAUGGACAAUUACGAAGAUCGACUGGAUCACACCAAUGGGUAUUGGUUUGCCAGCGACUAUACAUAUACGAUCAAUCUAUUGUGAUGGAAUGAGAGGUGAGGUGUACCAUUAGAAGACUGGGGAUAGGUAUUGGAUAUGAGACGGCUGAUGUCAUGGGUUACGACUGCAAUAUUGAUAUAGAUGAGAGAAUAGGGGGAAUAUUGAAUAGUAUGUAUACAUAGGCCCAGGAAUCCCUCUACAGUA